CGGUGCUGGGAUGGGGGAGAACAGGAGAGAAGCAAGACCCCAUGUGGAAGGGCAUCCACCCUCAGAAGGCCACCUUAACGUGAUGAUUUCCCUAGUUCUCUCCCACCACAUUCCCAAACCUCACUUCUUAGCCUCCUCCCCAGCCACCACCACCCCCCUCCAAGAUCUCCUCCAAGUAGAGCCACCAAUGCCAGGCAAUGCAUGCCCACCCACCCUGCUGUGCCAGGUUUGAAACGCGCCCACAGGUCACCAGCAGCUGCCCGUUUCCACCCAAGCCACCACAUCCAUGUCACCUGGACGGUGCUUCUCCAGCCAACCACCCCACCACCCACACACCCUGUCUAGAUGCCCCAGUAACCUCCUGUACUUCCCUCAGGGACAGCCCGCCCGCCCACUGGAGAUGCUCUUCCCUUUGACACCACCCCCCAUCUCGUGUCCCUUGCUCCCCAGAGACAGCUCAUAACUCCAGCAAUCUUCAGUACAUGUGGUCAGCUACACUUCAGGGAAGUCACGGGCUCACAGGCACCUCCUGUUGCCCCAGGCUCACCACACCUCCACCUCCCCUUUUACUACGUGCCAGCUUCCCUCAGGUCGCCUGUGAUGCUGCCGUCCCCCGUCGCCCCGUGGCCCCACGAUGACCCACAGCCCCGCCACAAGCGAGGAAGAGGAACGACACAGUGCCAGCGAGUGUCCCGAGGGGGGCUCAGAGUCAGACAGCUCCCCAGACGGGCCAGGGAGAGGCCUCCGGGGGACCCGGGGCCGGGGCAGUGGGGCACCUGGUAGCUUGGCCUCAGUCCGAGGCCUCCAGGGCCGCUCCAUGUCUGUCCCGGACGACGCCCACUUCAGCAUGAUGGUCUUCCGAAUUGGCAUCCCCGACCUGCACCAGACAAAAUGCCUUCGCUUCAACCCAGAUGCCACCAUCUGGACAGCCAAGCAGCAGGUGCUCUGCGCCCUCAGCGAGAGCCUUCAGGACGUCCUUAACUACGGCCUGUUCCAGCCAGCCACCUCAGGCCGGGAUGCCAACUUCUUGGAGGAAGAGAGACUGCUGAGGGAGUAUCCCCAGUCUUUUGAGAAAGGGGUACCCUACCUGGAGUUCCGCUACAAGACCCGAGUUUACAAACAGACCAACCUGGAUGAGAAGCAGCUGGCCAAGUUGCACACAAAGACGGGGUUGAAGAAGUUUCUGGAAUACGUACAGCUUGGAACAUCAGACAAGGUUGCAAGACUGCUGGACAAGGGGCUGGAUCCCAAUUACCACGACUCGGAUUCAGGAGAGACACCUUUGACCCUGGCGGCCCAGACUGAAGGUUCGGUAGAGGUGAUUCGAACUCUGUGCCUGGGUGGGGCUCACAUCGACUUCAGGGCGCGGGAUGGCAUGACAGCAUUACACAAAGCGGCGUGUGCCCGGCACUGCCUAGCCCUCACGGCACUCCUGGACCUUGGGGGCUCCCCCAACUACAAAGACCGCCGGGGGCUGACCCCUCUGUUCCACACGGCUAUGGUGGGGGGCGACCCUCGCUGCUGCGAGCUGCUUCUGUACAACAGAGCUCAGCUGGGCAUUGCGGAUGAGAAUGGCUGGCAGGAAAUCCACCAGGCCUGCCAGCGGGGCCAUUCCCAGCAUCUGGAACAUCUGCUCUUCUAUGGGGCUGAGCCAGGAGCCCAGAACGCCUCUGGAAACACAGCCUUGCACAUCUGUGCCCUCUACAACAAGGAGACCUGCGCCAGAAUCCUCCUCUACCGGGGUGCCAACAAGGAUGUGAAAAAUAAUAAUGGGCAGACAGCCUUCCAGGUAGCUGUGAUUGCUGGGAACUUUGAGCUGGGGGAGCUGAUCCGAAACCACCGGGAACAGGACGUGGUGCCCUUCCAGGAGUCCCCCAAGUAUGCAGCCCGGCGUCGGGGAGCCCCAGGUGCAGGGCUGACAGUGCCCCCCGCAUUGCUGAGAGCUAACAGUGACACCAGCAUGGCGCUGCCCGACUGGAUGGUGUUUUCUGCCCCAGGGGCCUCAUCCUCUGGGACCCCUGGCCCUACCUCAGGGCCUCAGGGCCAGUCGCAGCCCUCAGCCCCCAGCAGCAAGCUCAGCAGUGGGACCCUCCGAAGUGCCAGCAGUCCCCGGGGCGCCAGGGCGCGCUCCCCAUCCCGAGGGAGACACCCUGAAGAGACCAAGAGACAGCCUCGAGGUCGGCCCAGCUCCAGUGGGACGCCCCGUGAAGGGCCAGCCGGGAGCACAGGGGGUUCAGGGGGCCCUGGGGGCUCCCUGGGCAGUCGAGGGAGGCGAAGGAAGCUGUACUCAGCAGUACCUGGACGCUCCUUUAUGGCUGUGAAGUCGUACCAGGCACAAGCCGAGGGGGAGAUCUCCCUGAGUAAGGGCGAGAAGAUCAAAGUGCUCAGCAUCGGGGAAGGAGGCUUCUGGGAAGGCCAAGUCAAAGGUCGUGUUGGUUGGUUCCCUUCUGACUGCCUGGAAGAGGUGGCAAACCGCUCACAGGAGGGAAAACAAGAAAGCCGCAGUGACAAGGCAAAGAGGCUCUUCCGGCAUUAUACCGUGGGCUCCUACGACAGCUUCGAUGCCCCAAGUCUGAUGGAUGGGAUUGACUCAGGGAGCGAUUACAUCAUCAAGGAGAAGACAGUCCUGCUCCAGAAGAAGGACAGUGAGGGGUUCGGGUUUGUGCUCCGGGGGGCCAAGGCGCAGACCCCCAUCGAGGAGUUCACCCCCACCCCGGCCUUCCCGGCGCUGCAGUACCUUGAGUCCGUGGACGAGGGUGGCGUGGCAUGGCGGGCUGGACUGCGAAUGGGAGACUUCCUCAUCGAGGUGAAUGGGCAGAAUGUGGUGAAAGUCGGCCACCGCCAGGUGGUGAACAUGAUCCGCCAAGGAGGCAACACGCUGAUGGUCAAGGUGGUGAUGGUGACCAGACAUCCGGACAUGGAUGAGGCCGUGCAUAAGAAAGCAUCCCAGCAGGCUAAGAGGCUCCCGCCCCCAGCCAUCUCCCUUCGUUCCAAGUCUAUGACCUCAGAGCUGGAGGAAAUGGUCUCCCCCUGGAAGAAGAUGAUUGAAUAUGAUCAACAGCCGGCGCCCGUGCCCAGUAUGGAGAAAAAGCGGACAGUGUACCAGAUGGCACUCAACAAACUGGACGAAAUCCUGGCUGCAGCUCAGCAGACCAUCGGUGCAAGCGAGAGUCCUGGACCUGGUGGCCUCACAUCCCUGGGCAAACAUCGGCCAAAAGGGUUCUUUGCCACUGAGUCGAGCUUCGAUCCUCAUCACCGCUCCCAGCCAACUUACGAACGCCCGUCCUUCCUGCCACCCGGCCCUGGGCUUAUGCUCAGGCAGAAGUCGAUUGGGGCUGCGGAGGAUGACAGACCCUACCUGGCACCCCCAGCCAUGAAGUUCAGCCGUAGCCUGUCUGUCCCUGGUUCAGAGGACAUACCCCCACCACCCACUACGUCCCCACCAGAGCCUCCCUACAGCACACCCCCGGCCCCUUCCUCCUCUGGCCGUCUCACCCCCUCCCCCCGGGGAGGUCCGUUCAAUCCUGGCUCUGGGGGUCCCCUCCCCGCUUCAUCUCCCUCGUCCUUUGAUGGGCCCUCCCCUCCUGACACCCGAAUAGGGAGCCGGGAGAAGAGCUUAUACCACGGUGGUCCCUUGCCCCCCGCCCAUCACCACCCACCCCAUCACCAUCACCACCACGCCCCGCCCCCCCAGUCCCACCACCACCACGCGCACCCCCCACACCCUCCAGAGAUGGAGACUGGGGGCUCCCCCGAUGACCCCCCGCCCCGCUUGGCUCUGGGACCCCAACCUAGCCUGCGAGGCUGGCGGGGCGGAGGACCCAGCCCGACCCCAGGGGCUCCAUCGCCUUCCCACCACGGCAGCAGCGGCAGCGGGGGUGCCUCGCAGGCUCCGGCCCUGCGCUACUUCCAGCUGCCCCCUAGGGCGGCAAGCGCGGCCAUGUACGUGCCGGCCCGCUCGGGCCGAGGCCGCAAGGGUCCGCUGGUCAAACAGACCAAAGUGGAAGGCGAACCCCAGAAGGGUGGCCUCCCACCCGCGGCGUCCUCUCCCACGUCCCCAGCGUCGCCGCAGCCACCGCCUCCGGCCGCGCCGGCGGAAAAGAACUCCAUCCCCAUCCCCACCAUCAUCAUCAAAGCUCCAUCCACCAGUAGCAGCGGUCGCAGCAGCCAGGGCAGCAGCACGGAGGCCGAGCCCCCCAGCCAGCCCGAGGGCGCGGGCGGCGGAGGCUCCUCCCCCAGCCCGGCCCCUACCACGUCCCCGGUACCACCGUCCCCGUCGCCCGUGCCAACCCCCGCGUCGCCCAGUGGCCCGGCCACGCUCGAUUUCACCAGCCAGUUUGGAGCAGCCCUGGUGGGCGCCGCGAGGAGGGAGGGAGGCUGGCAGAAUGAAGCCCGCCGACGCUCCACGCUGUUCCUCUCCACCGACGCUGGGGAUGAGGACGGAGGCGACAGUGGUCUGGGUGCGGGGACCCCCCCGGGUCCCCGGCUGCGCCAUUCCAAAUCCAUCGAUGAAGGCAUGUUCUCAGCCGAGCCCUACCUCCGGCUGGAGUCCGGGGGCAGCAGUGGCGGAUACGGGGCCUACGCAGCAGGCGGCCGAGCCUACGCGGGCAGCAGCGCCUUCACCAGUUUUCUACCCCCACGGCCCCUCGUGCACCCGCUCACGGGCAAGGCCUUGGAUCCUGCCUCCCCACUCGGGCUGGCCCUGGCCGCCAGGGAGCGAGCCCUGAAGGAGUCCUCAGAAGGUGGGAGCACCCCGCAGCCGCCGCCUAGACCACCAUCCCCGCGCUACGACGCUCCGCCGCCCAGCCUGCACCACCACUCGCCCCACCACGCGCAUCACGAACCGGUGCUGCGCCUCUGGGGGGACCCCUCGCGCAGGGAGCUGGGGUACCGGGCAGGCCUGGGGAGUCAGGAGAAGGCCCUGCCAGCUAGUCCUCCAGCAGCCCGUCGCUCCCUGCUGCAUCGCUUGCCCCCGACGGCUCCCGGGGUCGGGCCACUCCUGCUACAGUUGGGCCCAGAGCCCCCCACUCCGCAUCCCAGCGUGAGCAAGGGCUGGCGCUCAGCAGCCUCGGAGGAGCCCGAGAGGCUGCCCCUGCACGUGCGGUUCCGUGAGAACUGCCAACCCCGGCCCUCGGUGGCGGGCAGCAGGGCAUCCUCUACCGAGGACGGGCCUGGGGUCCCACCGCCCAGCCCUGGCCGUGCCAUCCCCGCCUCUCCCACUUCUCCCCGGGGCAGCGAAGAGAACGGCCUUCCUCUGCUGGUCCUGCCUCCGCCUGCCCCGUCCGUGGAUGUGGAUGAUGGCGAGUUCCUAUUUGUGGAGCCUCUGCCUCCGCCCCUGGAGUUCUCCAAUAGUUUUGAAAAGCCCGAGUCGCCCCUCACGCCCGGGCCUCCCCACGCCCUGCCCGACCCUCCCGCCCCAGCCACCCCACUGCCCCCGGCGCAGCCCCCUGCUGUCACCCCUGCCCCUCCCACCCUGGACUCCACCGCUUCUAGCCUGACGUCCUACGACAGCGAGGUGGCCACGCUGACCCAGGGGGCUCCGGCGGCUUCUGGGGACCCACCACCCCCAGGUCCUCCGGCUCCAGCAGCACCAGCUCCUCCGGCCCCACAGCCUGGCCCGGACCCUCCACCAGGCACGGAUUCUGGUAUCGAGGAAGUGGACAGUAGGAGCAGCAGUGACCACCCGUUGGAGACCAUCAGUAGUGCGUCUACACUCAGCAGUCUAUCUGCGGAAGGAGGUGGCAACGCAGGGGUUGGGGUGGGGAGUGGGGCCGGGGUAGCCAGUGGGCCAGAGCUACUGGACACCUACGUGGCCUACCUGGAUGGCCAGGCCUUCGGGGGGAGUGGGACUCCUGGCCCACCAUACCCUCCCCAGCUUAUGACUCCUUCCAAGCUAAGGGGCCGGGCUUUGGGGUCCAGCGGAAGCCUUCGGCCUGGACCCAGUGGGGGACUUCGCGACCCUGUCACUCCCACGAGCCCCACGGUCUCUGUGACGGGAGCGGGAACGGAUGGGCUACUGGCCCUGAGUGCUUGUUCGGGACCUUCGACCGUUGGUGUGACUGGGGGUCCCGUGGCGGUGGAGUCAGAAGGCCUACCGGUGCCCUUGCCCACUGUCUCGUCUCUGCCUCGGAAGCUGUUGCCAUGGGAAGAGGGCCCUGGCCCCCCACCACCUCCCCUCCCUGGGCCCCUAGCCCAGCCUCAGGCCUCUGCCUUGGCCACUGUCAAAGCCAGCAUCAUCAGCGAACUCAGCUCCAAGCUCCAGCAGUUUGGGGGGUCCUCGGCAGCUGGAGGAGCUCUUCCGUGGGCCCGGGGAGGCAGCGGGGGCAGCGGGGACAGCCACCAUGGGGGAGCCAGCUACGUCCCCGAGAGGACUUCCUCCCUGCAGCGGCAAAGACUCUCUGAAGACUCGCUCCUCUCCAAACCUGUCGGCAGCCUCUUUCAGAACUGGCCCAAACCCCCUCUGCCACCGCUCCCCAGUGGAACCGGUGUCUCCCCUUCAGCUGCUGCAGCCCCAGGAGCCACUUCCCCCUCAGCGUCUUCCUCCUCCACAUCGACCAGACACCUACAGGGCGUGGAGUUUGAGAUGAGACCCCCUCUGCUCCGCCGGGCACCCAGCCCCUCGCUGCUGCCUGCCUCGGACCACAAGGUCAGCCCUGCACCCAGGCCCUCGUCUCUGCCCAUCUUGCCUUCAGGACCCCUCUACCCUGGCCUCUUCGACAUCCGAGGAUCUCCGACAGGAGGGGCAGGAGGCUCAGCUGACCCCUUUGCCCCGGUCUUCGUGCCCCCGCACCCGGGAAUAUCGGGGGGUCUCGGAGGAGCCUUGUCUGGGGCCUCUCGCUCCCUGUCACCCACCCGUCUGCUUUCCUUGCCCCCGGACAAGCCCUUUGGAGCUAAACCUCUGGGGUUCUGGACCAAGUUCGAUGUGGCUGAUUGGCUGGAGUGGCUGGGCUUGUCUGAGCACCGAGCCCAAUUCUUGGACCAUGAGAUUGAUGGCUCCCACCUGCCCGCCUUGACCAAGGAGGACUACGUGGACCUGGGCGUGACCAGGGUGGGCCACCGCAUGAACAUUGAUCGGGCUCUUAAAUUUUUCCUGGAGAGGUGAUGGCUGGCCAGGACGGACCAGCCCGUCGAGAACAAUCCCUUGAGCCCACUGGCCUCUUGACCUCUGACCCCCAGACCAUCCUUAUCCUUCCACCUCCCCAGGGGGCCAGGGACUCUGUUCAAACUUCACCCUGCCCAGUCUCCCUCGGGGUGGACCCAGAUAUUGGCACCUCACAGGAGGGGGGCAGCUGACAGAAACCUGAGUGUGUAACGACGCAGGGAGCCGAGGUGGGGAAGGGAAAAGUGACACGGGGAGACCCAGAAGGAUGGAAGGGUCGAUUUUGCGGGGGGGAGGGGACAGACAGAGCCAUAGAGGGUCAGCCUGGAGCCUGACCGGAUUGGGGGGACAUCCCCCAGGCCGCAGGGGAAGGUAUGCCCUCCGAUUCCACCACCUGCGUCCCUUCAACAGCCCUUCCCACCCUCUCCAGGCCCCUCAGCCUUCCCUCUCCCAGGCAUAGUCCUCCUCUGCCUCUUGCACGCUGGUUGCACGCCUGCUCUCCCGCCCCAUGCUGCAGUUUUGCACACACUUGCCUCCCUUCGCUGUCUUGCACAUUUCUGGCUAGCAAGGCCCUCAGCUCUCGAACACGCGCUGCUUUCCUUGCACAUGCUGCA